GUCCUGCUGCUCGGCCGGCGACAGGCUGGGGAGCUGCGGAGGCUGCCAGGUGUUCCGUGCAGUUACCCCUUGGUGACUCCACACACAGCAGCGUAACUAUGGCGACUUCCCAGCUUCUCAGAAACAGUCACCUGAAGACGAGAGCACCUGUUAGAAAAAGCUUCAGUGAAGAUGUGUUCCAGUCUGUGAAGUCUUUGUUACAGAGUGAGAAAGAACUGUGCAGUGUGGCAGCGGAGGGCCACCUAAAGCAGCAUGACCGUGCUGAUUUAACUGAGGUCACAUUUCUUGGUUUUAAUGAAGAAACGGAUGCUGCUCAUAUACAGGAUUUAGCUGCAGUUUCUUUGGAACUUCCAGAUCUUCUGAAUUCACUUCAUUUCUGCAGCCUCAAUGAAAAUGAAAUAAUUUGUAUGAAGGAUAUAAAUAAAUCAUCAGAAAUGAAUAAUGAUCCUCUAAAUCAGACUCAUCAUUCUGGAAUGCUUUGUGUCAUGAGAGUGUCACCUACAUUACCAAAACUCAGAAUUGAUUUUAUCUUCAGUCUCCUAAGUAAAUAUGCUACUGGCAUAAGAUAUACCUUGGACACGUACUUGCAUCAGAAGCACCAACUUGAGACCACUGAUGAAGAUGAUGAUGAUACUAAUCAGUCUGUGUCUUCCAUUGAGGAUGACUUUGUUACAGCUUUUGAGCACUUAGAAGAAGAAGAGACUUCAAAACUGUAUAAUGAUGGAAUAGAUGUUAUUGCAUUGAAGAGCCAGUGCAAUGCUGCUUCUCAGACUAUUUCUUGUCACCACAAAGAAAACCACAAUUUAAGGAUUCUGGUUAGCUCUGGACAACAGAAGUCAUUGGCUAAACCCUCAACUUCCUUAAUGAGUGCCCUGGCACAUAAAGAACUACCUUCUAUGAAAACUUCAGUUACAACACCGAUUUCAGAGCCUUGGAUCCAGAGAAGUUUCUAUAGGCCUUCUAAUGCUUCUGAGAAAGGCAGUGACGGACAGAAAACCUUUUUUUCCUCUUCUCCUGCCUACUCUUCUGAAUCAGAGUGUUCAAGCCCGAGUCCUGUGAUUUUCUUGGAUGAAGAAGGAUAUCAAAAAAGUUUAAAGGCUAAACUUGAGCUGCCUAAAAUUCCUGUGAUGAAAGAUGAUAUUGAGGAUUCCGACUCAGAAGUCAGUGAAUUUUUUGAUAGUUUUGAUCAGUUUGAUGAGUUAGAACAAGCCUCAGAGACUUCUUGUCUGUUUAUAAAAGAUACGGCUGUGGAAAAGUCAUCACAAAAGAAAGGGCACAAGCAUGAGAAAUCUUGUAUGAAUCCCCAAAAAUUCAAGUUUGAUCGUCCAGCUCUGCCAGCUAAUGUUCGAAAGCCUACUCCUCGGAAACCAGAAUCCCCAUAUAGUAACCUGUGUGAGGCUCCCGAUUCUCCUCGCCCAGUGAAGGCCUCAGGAGAAGAGAGUGGCUUGUUUAGCCCUGUUCGUACCUCUGCUUUUAGUCCUCUUGGAGGCUGCACCCCUGCUGAAUGUUUUUGCCAGUCGGAUAAUGGAGGAGACAGGAUUCAUGAGAGUCACGAUUCCAUUUAUGACACCUAUGAAGAUUAUGCGGAUAGUGUGUCCUAUGAAGUACUGGACUCGGUUCUUCAUACCCGUCACAGUUACGGAAUAUCAAACAUUACGAAAAGGGAAGAAACUAAAACUGUGGCUCUUAAGCAUGGAAAUCUUGACCAGCACGAUCAAUCUAAGACUGAAUCGUUCAUGAUUAAAGACAGUAUUCAGAAAUUUGCAGCUGACCUUGUGGAAAAAAGUUUGGCUGGCGCAUUUAAAGACUUGCAGAGAGGAGUUUCUUCGUGCACCAAUGCAUUGUGCCACUUAGCUGUCAAAUUGACAUCAUCUGUUUUUCAGAUGGCAUUUAAUGAACUGCGAAGACAGCGUGCGUUUUCACUUAAAGAACGUGCCAUUAGUGGCCUGGCCAAUUUUUUGGUGAGUGAAGCUUUGUCCAAUGCCUUAAAAGAUUUACAGUACGUAAAGAAGCAGAUGUUCACAAAUACAGUUGCUAGGUUUGCUGCAGAUCUUGCUGAAGAGCUUGUUUUUGAAGGUAUAAUGGAGGUGUGUCAGUUUUCUUAUCCACCAACACCUGCAUCUCCACAGUGUAAGUCAUUUGACUUUGAAAGCAAAGUAGUGAAGUCCUAUGCAAAAGAUUUGUCUGAAUCUGUACUACAGGAAGCCUUCAUAGAACUCUCCCAGGUGGAUAUGACCUUCACAACAAAGGCAGCCGUGAGUGUCUCUGUGGACAAUGUCAAGGGUGUGAGUGCAGAAAGCCUGCCAUCGACACAGACUUUCACAUUUUCUCCUUUUACCAACCAAGUAAUUUCAGGGACAAAACCAACACAGGACUCUAAGAAGGAAUACACAGUGCAGCAGGCCUUGUUUUGUACUUCUGGAAUUGUUACUUCUAUACCAGUGCCCUUGGCAGGAAGUGCCCUCCGCCCAUAUCAUACUUCAUCUGCUGUGUGUCAGGGAAAGACUGCGCAGUCAUCUGAUGGGCAUCAUUCACAUGAUGAUUCUCCCCAGUCACCUCUUCCCAUGAAACGCAAAGGAGAAGUAGCUUGUCUCAGAAAUGUUUGUUUACCUUCAGAACACAAUUCCCCUAAACAAAGCGAUCUGAAAACAGCUAGUGAUGAUGUUGAAGUGCAGAGUUCUCCACAAUCAGCCAGCGAGCCUCUGAUUAUUAGUAACUUUUCUGCAGCAAUGGCACGUACAUUAGUAAAUGAAACUUUAGCGUCCGUGGCAUCAUUUGAAGCUGCAGAAAUAGUUAAUGAAUACACAAGUGAUUUAAAUAAAGUAUUAACGGAAAAAUCUUCUCCUUUGUCCCAUUGUGAUCCAGCAACACUGCAACAAUGUGAAGUGAGCAAUAAGGAUAUGUUUGCUGACUGCUUAUCUAAAUCUGUUAUUAAACAUUCCAUAGACGAAAGUAAAUCAGUGACUUCAACUAGAGAUAAAAAUGCAGCAUGUAAGGAAGGCAUACCGAUUCCUGGAGAAGAAUCACAAUUAACUUUCCAAAAGGUUCCUAAGUUUCUUGACACUCAAGAUCACUUAACUGACUGUUCACUUUCAGUUAAAAAGGAGUGUGUUCCAGUACAGAAAAAUCCGCUAGCUCAUGAAUUUUCUUUGGAGACACUGCCAACUUGUCCAACCAUGGCAAGUCAAAAACUUGAUUUGACAGAACUUGCUAAGGAUAAACCAGUAAAAAAUCACAAUGUGAAGAACACAGCGAUUGAGUCCUGGUCUUUUGGACAGGAAAGCCCCUUUCCUCAUUCACAUGCUCUCUCAUCUUCAGUGUUUACCUGUGUAGAUGGCUUUCAGGUAGAAGACAAGCCAAAACUUAGAGACAGAAAUGUAAUACCUGAUACUCCUCCAUCGACUCCACUACUGCCGUCCCAGGCCAGUUCUGAGUGGGAUAUCAAGAAAUUAACCAAAAAGCUCAAGGGUGAAUUAGCUAAAGAAUUUGCACCUGCGACACCACCUUCCACACCUCACAACUCAUCUGUUGGUAAUCUGUCUGAAAAUGAGCAAAAUGCCAUAGAGAAGGAGGAGUUCAUGUUGAAACUCAUGCGGUCUCUUUCAGAAGAAGUUGAAGGUAGUGAAGAUGAGGAACAGCCUCAGGUGGAUGUGAAGUUGGAGCACUCAAGGAAGAAAGUUCAGUUUGCAGAAGGAUUAGCUACACAUAUCAUUUCAACGGCAACUGAAAUGGCAGCUUCCCACUUGGACAAUAAAAUAACUCAAGAACUCCAGGUUAAACGUGCUUGCUUCGAUUUGCUGAGUCAAAGAAGUAUAUCGCCUACUUUAAAUUGCUCAGUUGAUGAUUUGCAAACACUGUACAGUUUUGCAGGUGACAUGGCAACAGAAGUCAUUACAGAAGCUGAGAAAAUUGCAAAAGCUAAAAGUUACAUGAUUUUUAGGCAGAGGAAGAACAGUUGCUAUCUUGAUGGUGACCGAGAUUAUCGAUCGGAAGAGAAGUUAAAUGUGGAGACUGUGACACACCCAAAAGAAGUGGACUCAUUUCUUCUUUCUUUACCACCAAGUUCUUGUAUGUCAGGGCUGACAUAUAAAUAUCCCAGCUGUGAAAGUGUGACAGAUGAAUACGCAGGUCACAUUAUACAAAUCCUAAAAAAGGAAGGUGGUAAUAGUGAGUUAAUAAUGGAUCAGUAUGCCAAUAGACUUGCCUAUCGGUCUGUGAAGUCAGGAUUACAGGAAGCAGCUAAGACAGCCAAAAUGAAGUGCAGCACAGCCAUGUUCCCUGUGCAGAGCUCACAGGUGAAGACCAACAAUGAACUGCAAAUGCUUUCAAAUAAAGACCACCACAAAGAAAUAGAGAAAAGAAGACAAAGUAAAAGAAAUGGAGGUUACCUCUGUAAAAAUCAAACUUGUGAAAGGAUGCAGGACGCAUAUAGAAGUGAGUGCUCUGAACUGUAUAGUUUUUCGAGCUCUCUUGCUCAUAGUAUAACGAGAGACGUUAAAAAAGAACUGGCAGGAUCUACAGUUAACUUGCCAAAAUCCUUAACAAAGCCUUGCCUUUAUAAUAGGUCAACUUGUAGUGAAGACACUGAGCAUCACAUUGAACCAGAAUCUCCCCAAAUUCCUAAGCCUUCUCAACAUCAUGGGCUUUGCCAAAGAACAGGCAGCACAACUGGACAUGGUUAUGGAAUGAAUGUUGUUCAGGCUAUAGAACAGUAUGCUAAAAAGGUUGUGGAUGACACUUUGGAGCUAAGUUUAGGAUCUGCACUUUUCCCAGCGUCUGAGACCACAAAAUCAGCAGAUAGGGUCACGUAUGCUCAAAAGUUGUCACCACUUAUGAGCCAGGCUUGCAGGUACUGUGACCUUAAAGAACUCCAUGAUUGCACCGGAAGCUCAUCUCAGCAGUUUCCCAGACAGAGUUCAUUUUCUCGCAGGAAACCCAUUUCAACUUCAAAAUUCAGCAAUGUCUGUCAGAAAUCUAAAAUUUUCCAUCUUGAUGUCCCUCAAAUUCAUGUUAACCUUGAUAAGAAGACAUUGCUUGCUGAGAAGAUAGUUGCUGAAGCUAUUGAAAAAGCAGAGAAAGAGCUGAGCAAUACCAGUGUGGCAGCUGAUAGUGGAAUUGGGCAAGACGGUGUUAGCUUUGCGGAAAGCCUGACAACAGAAAUAAUGACUUCAGCUAUGACAAACAUUGGCCAGGCUGUGAGCUGUUCAAAAGAAAUGGAAGACCUUCAGUCAACUGAGUCUUUUAGUAGCCAGCAGAUGAAUCUCAGUAUUGGUGAAGACAGCACUGGCAGCUGGUCCAAUUUAAGUUUUGAAGAUGAACACCAAGACGAAAGCAGCAGUUUUCAUCAUCUGAGUGAAAGCAGUAAUGGUAACAGCAGUAGCUGGAGCAGUCUUGGUUUAGAAGGAGAUUUGUAUGAGGACAAUUUAUCCUUUCCAACAUCAGACAGUGAUGGGCCAGAUGAUAAAGAUGAGGAGCCUGAGGACGAUAUAGAAGGCUUGGAACAAGAAGGAAAGACUUUGCUGAUCACGAAUAUUGACAUGGAGCCAUGCACAGUAGAUCCCCAGUUAAGGAUUAUUCUUCAAUGGCUUGUUGCCUCUGAGGCUGAAGUUGCAGAACUUUAUUUUCAUGACUCUGCAAAGAAGGAGUUUAUACUACUUUCCAGACAAUUACAAGAAAAAGGAUGGAAAGUGGGAGACCUUCUGCAGGCUGUGCUGAAGUAUUACGAAGGGAUGGAAAACACUGCCAGUGAGGAGAGAAGCAAGUCACUGUUUGACUGGCUCAUGGAAAAUGCCUAGAACAACCCCCAAGCCACUGCUUCAUCAUUUGCUUUGGGAAGGAGAAAAGUGGAUUAAAGAUGCUUAAGAUGAAAUUUGAAUAGUGAGGAAAGUUAAUACAGCUUUUUAAGUGCUUUGUGUCAUCACACAGUGUAUAUAGUUCAUAUUUUGUAAUCUCUGUCAAAUGAUCCCUUCAAUGAUUCUUUGCACGUGUGCAGUGCGUUGAGAGUACGUAUGCAGGUCGGUCUGCGGGCAUGGCCUGACAGUGUCCUUUUGGCGUCAGUAGUGCUGCUAAACCGCACUGGAGUGGCUGAGGAGAGGUGUCAGUGAUGCCAGUAAAGAUUUGCUCCUUUGCAAAUGAAUGAUAACCAAUUACUAAUUAGUCUGACAUCAGAAUAUGAAACUGAGGCUAAUUUUUGUUCUGCUUUUGAAAAUCAGCUUUGUUUGCAUAGUUCAGCUAAUGAUAAAUUUGUGAUUCCACCAAACUACUUUAAAGCAGAAAUAUUACUUCAGAGUUCUGUACACUUCAUUAGUGAGAGUUUCCCCAGCCUUUCAUGGAAUUAUCUUAUUUGCCAAUGCUACCAGUUCUUCUAGCGUGGAUGUAACAGAGCGAGUGUGUGUGUGUGUGUAAAGCCAUUUCAUCCUUUGCUAGUUGUUUGUUCCCUCUUUUUAUUCGUAAAAAUCUGCUGUCAAUGUUAAGAAGGUGCUUUAAAAUAAAGUGUAAAGAUUGUGCACUAAGAACUUUUUUCUUUUUGGCUAUUUUGGAUCCUGCAGUUUAUCACAUAAAUGAAAAUUCAAGUUACAAAAUGUUCAAAUUUUAGAAUUUAAUUUUAAUACAAUUUAGAGAAGCCCAAUAAUAAUUUGCAUUGUUGGAUAUUUGAGAAAAAAAAAUCUCCAUUUUGCCAAGGAUAAGUUUUUUCUAAAACAGUUGGGAUUGCCCUCAUAAACUGCCCUCUGUAGGUAGAAUAUGUCUGUCUGUGUGCAGUUCUCUGAUUUGGCCUUCUUUUUUCUAUUGCUUUGUCUUUGGAAACUGCAAGUUGACAUGUCUUGGUGUCCAGAAUGCUGUCUUGGUGUCAUAUGGAUGGGUAUGUGUGUGUGUUUCUCUGGUUCUCCCACUGGUGGAUUUUGUAACAGAGCUCAGUCGCUGUCUGUUGCGCCUCGGGGUUUUGCUCCUGAACACGGACUGUCGGAGCUGCACAGCACACAGCAGACACAGCACCUGCUGGGGAACAGGGAGCAAGGACACUCUGAAUUAACCACUAUGGUAGAGAACUAUCAUUAUAGUUUAGAGAUUCAGAUUUGCUCUUUAAGAAAAAUGCCAAAACGACUUAAAUGUUUUGUGGUUAUACGGUAAGUUUUGUUGUCUCAACUUAAGACACUGAGUAUACCUUAAAACAUCAGUUUUCCUAAAGUUUUUCCUAAAAUUUCCUAUUUUUUAAGGUGGAGAAAUGCAGGAAAUAUAUACUCAAAAUCAUUUCUGCCCUUAACUUUUCAAGACUUAAGCUGUGACAGCACCAAGAUGUUUUUUAAGUACUAGGACCAAGCAUGUUGCCUCUUGUUAAUUAUAAUGUGGAUUAAAUGAUCUUUAAGUUUAGACUGCAUUUUUACAAAUAUCUAAUUGUCAAAUUGUAUUUAGUCAAGUGGGUUUGAUUAGCAGCAAAGCUGAAUUUAAAAUUUCUGUUAAAGUACAGUGUAUUCAUUUUGUAAAACUUUCUGUGUUUGAGAAUAUUUUUCUGUUAGUGAUAACAGUCAUUUUGAGAUGAGGUUUUCCUUUGUGUUUUGCUGGAGCUGUGUUGGGAUAAAGUUCUGUUAUUUAGCCACUACAUGACGACAGACGAGUCAUUAGGUGUUAGCAUGUGUGGUUACAAUAAUCUGGAACUCACACUUGGGGAAUUGAAUGCAGGCACAGAGGUGACGUGAAGUAUCGGCAGAUGUGAAAGCAGCUUGAGGUAGCUUCCCUCGCCAGGAAAGCAGUUCCUUAAGGAGAGUCUACACUUCUCUCAAGGCACUUUGUAUUUUUCCAGAGACUUUCUAGGUCUUCUGAGGACAGCUCUGAUUUUAUUACAAACCUGCUUGAUGCAUUUAUAUUGCGAUAUUGCCGUUCCCUAUGAAAUAUGUCUCGUUUCAGAAUUGCUUUAGUUAUGUGCAUUGAGCUGAAUUGUGCUUAUCAGCUUCAGAACCAUCCUGUCAGUGCUAGGAAGGAACACCUCUCCAAUGGAAUUUUCAGAGCGUGAGAAUGCAGCAGACUGAGUGCCAUGGUCUUUCCUUAAGCCAACUCUAAAUUGCAUAUAUAUUCUUGGUUUGAUAAUGUUGAUUUUGAAAAUACUUCCCAAUUUAUACAAAAGGAGAGACUUACAAAUCAGAAAAGAAAAUGACUGUCUUCUGGGUAUUUGAUAUGGUUAAUGGCGUUGUAGAGUCUUUGAAUGUUCACUCCAUGAAUAUGUGUGAGAACAUGUUUGUGUUUUGCGUAGUGCUCACUGAUCCUUUUGGAUAUCUGAUAUGAAUUAAUUCCGUUCAUAAUGCUUCAGUUUUGCUUAAGAGUAAGGGUUUUGUUUGCUGGUAGGAGAAUUUAAGUAGGUGUACUUUUGUAGAAAGUAACUUUUUGUUAGGUGAGUUUGACAGUAGUGCCCACUGCCCAAACACAAAGUUUAAUCUUGAUUGUCACCAGAGUCCAGGUCCUGUUGUCUCCUCAGGUGUUCCUGAGUAAACGUGUUCUUGCGCAGUGACUGCUCUCAGUUUCCCAUGGAUGUAUCACUAUAGAUUUUAUGUCCCCAAGGGGAACUUUCCACAAACUUUUUUUUCCCCCUAAUGACACAACCACACUCAAGAUGUAGGGAAAAUAUACUCUAUUAAAAUCCUGCUCGCCUAUCACCAGCACAAAAGAAUGAGAACUUUAGUGGAGAUUAGGAAAAUUGUACUUAACUGAAAUGUAUUUGUUCCUCAUUGUCAGCAACAGCCCUGCAGGCGUUUGCUCAACGGCUGUACCUCUGCUCUGAAGGUGCAGAAACAGCGCUAGUCACUCGGGUCACUUUAUUUAUUUAUUAUUAUUAUUAUUUUUUUUUUACCAUCCAUGUACAUUCCUUUCAAAUGUGUAGAACUGUAGUUCUUGGGCUCUUGCUUUGUUUUUGUUAUAAUGUUUGAAUACUAUUUAACAUCAGGUUUUAAUAUUGCUUCCCUUGGUUCCUUGUACAGUGUUAAAAGUAAUACGCAUUCUUGUUCCGUACAUCAGAUAUAUAGCAAAAGCAGCUUUGCGUAACUGUAGCUGUGUAUUGGCCAGUUACCACCUUAAGGUCUCAUACUGUAUAACGUACCUUUCGUUUGCUUUUCAGUAAUUUAAUAUGUUCUCUUUCCAAAAUAUGAACUUAAGGAUGCAAGUUUUGUUUUAGCAGUGGUUCAAAAAGUUCACCAAUUACUUUUGUAAUAAUUUCCAGUUAAUUGUUGUGUUCUCUUACAGUUGUUUAAGUCUGUUAUCUUUCCUCUCCCAACUAAGAAUGUUUCAAUAAAUUUAAGAAAUG